CUUGUCCCAUUUGGAAAAAGUUGGCGGCGCACUGAUUACGCGUUCGUUCUCCUCAAGGGCAAAGGAAAUGAGAAAGACGAUCACAGCAAAUGAAGAUACCUUUGCGGACGUCAGACAGUGCACGCCGCGUGGACGUGUGGCUGCACCGCCGUGACAGUGGAGGAUUAUUAUUCCAGCCUCUGGAUUUUUUUUUUCUUUUUUUUUUUACUGAGGAGCUGAAAAUCGGGGCGAUGCGUCCGGAGGAGACGCGUCACAUUUUCAGUGGGCGCUCCGCUGUGGACGGACUGUGACCGAACCGAACCGAACGUGCGACAUCGUGGCUCUUUGUGUCAGGCCAAGCGUCGGAUUUGAACCCUUCCACAUGUGGAUGAUGGUCUAUAUGUUUUUUUCUUUCUCCCACACGCGCACGUAGAGGAGGAUUUCAUGCUCGGGAGUGAUCCAGCAGUCACGCGCCGUCAAGAUCCCAGACCGGUUUAUGGAUCCAGACUCAAUAGGGACUAACGAUCCCGAUUUAUAGUCCACAUGAGAGAGGAGGCGUAAAUCAAAGUUUAAUCUUAGAGUUAUCGCUCUGUCGUGCCGCGAUCGUAUUUUUACUGGUGAUUUUCAUUCAUUUGGAGACGUGAACAUCCCGGUUCAUUAAUUAUUCCACCAACUAACUUUGCUGUCACCUUUUUUUAUGCAUUCAAAGUUUGUGUUCUGACACUGAGGAUGUCACCCUGGCUGUGUUUCCGUGGAAGAGAGACUGGAGAAUGAAAGUGGGAAUUUUUUUUUAAUUGAUCAGCCACAGGCGCCAGGUCCAAGUCACCCCCUUUUGAUUUGGAUUUGUCAGAAGAAAAAAAAUAUAUAUAUAUUUUUGCAUUCACUCUUGGAUUCCUGCACAAUGGGGAUUAUGCUUCAAGUAAUUCUAGGAAUGUUUCAAUUCCUGCUGCUCACCAGAAUCCCCUCAUCUCAUGCUAAGCUUGCUCAUUGGCGGCCAGCGGACUCCCCCAAAUCUAGGGAAAGUCGAGAAGUGCGGCGGUGGCUGGAGGUGUAUUCAAGGAGCGGCUGCGAGCCUCGGGACACUCUGGUUGAGGUUUGGCGGGAGUUGCCGGGGGAGACGCACCACCUCUUUGUCCCAGCCUGCGUGUCGGUGAGGCGAUGUGGUGGCUGUUGUGCUGACGAGGCCUUGGAGUGUGUUCCCUCGCUCACACACACACUCACCAUGGAGCUGAUGAGGACCUCCUUUAUGAAACAUGAGCUCAUUGAACUGCCAUUUGUUGAGCACAGCCAGUGUGAGUGCAGAUUAAAAGAAGAACUGCAGCCAUCGUCUGCGACAAGGUCUGAUCCAAAACAACUACAAAAGGACAAAAAAAGGAAUAGACACAAACCCAGACGAAAGACACCUAAAGACAUCAAAGCUAUGGCUCCUACUCCCCCACCACCUUCUCCGCCCACCAACACCUCUCCAUCUUCAGCGCCUCGCUGUCCCUCCUGCAGAGGGAAGAAGUGGGCACUGGACACGACAUCAUGUCAGUGCCACUGCACAAUCAGUGCUGAGAGCUGCAUCCGGAAAGGACGCAGGCUCAAUUCUCGCCGCUGCAGGUGUGACGUAGUGAGGACUUGAUGUGUUCACCUGCUUCCUCUUCACUUCUGCGCCUCGAACUGUACUGCUGACUCAUCACCCAUCUGGGAUCAGUGCCAUAGAACAUACUGACAUUUGGACAUCCAGUACAUGAGAUUGAAGGAAGUAUUAUGGGAUGCACAGAUGUGACCCUGUGAUAUCCCUCAAAUUCAGCAAGAAGUGCAGAGUUUACUGCGUAAGGUGAAAGGUUCUCAUCUUACCAUCUCAUAUUCUGUGAAAAUGCUUCUUUCAUGCCACACGUUGAGUAACAAAACUUGCGUAGAACGUGAACAUGGCAGCUGCUUGGCAACUUUGAGGCUUUUACCCAGAAUAGCUUAUCUUGUGUGACAGAAGCCUACAGGUGAAAAAUGCUGCUUUUCCCUUCACUUUGGAGGCUGGGCACCCUCAGGAUUCUGCAGUCAUUUAGUUGCUGUAAAUGAGCAGUAGAACUUGUACACAAGUGGAAACAAGUGUGUCAGAAACAGCAGGGUGGAUGCAUGACACGAAGGUGGAAGGGAACCACCACACAAGGAGACACGUUUCAUUGUGAGUCAAGGCCAACCUUUGCAGUGAAGAUGUGUAUUUGAAAACCAGCAGAUGCUCCUGAUGACAGCCACAGCAACAGGAUAAAGGACAUGCACAGGAACUGGCACCCCUGCAUAAACACGAACCACAUAGUGCCCCUACAACGCUGGGAUGAAGUAUAUCUGUGUGGUCUCCCCUGUGAAAGACACAGAUUUGUUAUUCCUGCACCCGUUCACUCUCUCUCAAAGCCACAGGCUGGCUCUUCAUGCCGCUUUCCAGCAUUUGUUUAAUUUGGGCCUUUUGUCUCCAUCUUUCCUGUGCUGCUGAAGUGAAAGCAGCCGCUUUGCCUCUUUUGGGCAGUGAGGAGAAUGACAAUAAUGAGGCCUGGCGGCUGUCCACUCUUUCACACACGAACAUCCACACUUGCACCAGAUGCACAGGCAACACUGCGAGCGCAUGGUAACUGAUGCAAUCACAGGCACCUUCGCUCACACUCAUCCACAUCCAUGCAAAUGAUCACACAUGAAGAUUAAGCAGGUAGCCUAAAAGCAUUUAUCCAUCACGUGUGUAAUUAGCAAUUUAUUGCAGCAUCUUCAUUAUAUAUUUUAUUGUAAGCAUCUAUUUUAUAUGAUUCAGUCACACUGAUAGAAAGGAUAUUCUAUAUGGCACAAUGUGUCUUUGUUUUGCAUUGUUCUUUUUAUAAUCCGUCUACAAAAGGACUGGCUGGGUGGUCAGCUACAUGUGCACACUCAGCAUCCAAACCAAUACGCAAAUGUUCUGAAUUCAAAAGAGUCAGCCCACAUGAGUAACAGAUGGGAGACUAUAUACAUUAUAAUGUGUAUUUCAAACAAUCAGCGGUGCAGUGCUGUCCGUGGCACCCAGAAAUACCAAGCAAAUAGCUGCUCCCGGUGCAAUCAAAGGAAAACGUGGCUGUUUUUGUUGCAUGGUAAAGCCGGGAGGAAAAGAGCAUUAUUCGUUUCGCACGUCUCGUUUAUAUUCCAGCUGAAUCUCAUGGUUUAAAUCCGUGUUAGUUCACGACUGCUCAGCUUCUGGGUGGGAAAGGGGAUUUGAACUCUGACUGUGUCAGCCGGGAUGACGUCUUCAACAGCUUGUCAGUUGGCAUGAAAGGCUAAAGGCGGAGCUCUGCUGACGUGAAGAUGUAGAGAAGCCAUAAUGGCAGGUCAUGAAGUUGAGACCCUUCCACAACCUGUAUUCAGAGUUUGGACGUUUCAUCAGUGAAGUCAGUAGCUUCUUGGG